GGCAGACUGAGUUGUGCCGAACCGGGUGGGGAUCCGAUUCGGUAGGGGUGAGUCACUGAGUGGGACAGGAAAUGAGGGAGAAAGGCAACUCGUUCAACUUUUUGGUCAAGUUGUGUAUUUUAAGGUUUACAAAGCACUGUUGACUGUAGCUGUAAGGCGAGCAGUGGGUGGGGAGUGAGGCGGGGAAGGGCCACGAAAGCCAGAGAGAGGGAGAGGGGGAUGGGGAUGGCCAGGAAGGAAGCCGGGCUUAGGGUUUGACUGAGUGGGGGAAGGAAGCCGAAGAAGAAGAAGAAGAAGAGAGCAAAAAGCGAAGAAAUUCAGAAGAAGACUGGAAGGUGGCUGGCGGUGGUGGUUUAGAUCUGAGACCCCGAGGAAAUUGUAUUUCUCUUUCUUUCCCUUUCUUUUUCAAUCGGGUCUUAUCAUUCUACAUCAUGAUCUGAUUCACCAUUUCUGUAUCUCUCCUCUUUUUCUCUCUCUGUCCAUCCCACUCACUCACUAUAAUUACCCAAAAAGUCGCAAAACCCCAACUGAAAAAUGCCUUCUAGGCCUUACUUCCACAAGAUAAUUCUCCCCAGAACCCUUCAGGACAGGAAGCUGAGGAUCCCAGAUAACUUUAUCAAGAAAUUUGCAAAUGACCUCACUCCACUUGUCAGGCUCACUGUUCCGGAUGGUCAUGUGUGGCGUAUAGGAAUAGUAAAAGCUGACGAUAAGUUUUGGUUUCACGAUGGGUGGCAUGAUUUUGUUGAGAGUUACAAGAUUCGUGUUGGCUACUUGCUGAUUUUCAGAUAUGAAGGAAAUGCAAUCUUCAAUGUUCAUAUAUUCAAUUUGUCUGCUUCUGAGAUAAACUAUCAAACUAACACUCUCAGUGGGAAAAGAUGCCUUCUAUUUGAUGAUUUGGAAGACGAGGACUGUGCCGAGUACUUGAAUCCAUUGUCAGUUUACCAAGUUCCCUACACAAUGAAAGGAAAUCCGCAUUUGACAAGAGUAACGAAUGUUCCACAACCAACAACUCAGCCCGCUGGGGAUGGGAAUCUUCAGUUUAAUGCAUUUGAUCAACGAAAUGCUUCAGAUGCACCACCAGCAGCAGCCGUAAAAGUUCCCAAGAAACGUGGAAGAAAAAGGAUAAAGCCUGAUCCGAAUGCAGAUGAGCAACAACCACCCUCCUCCCCAAAAUCCCAAGAAGAUGGAGAAAUGCGCUUGAGAUUCUACAAAAGUGCCUCGGCGAGGAAGAGAACUGUGACGGCUGAGGAAAGGGAAAGAGCGGUAAAUGCAGCCAAAACAUUUGAGCCAGAAAAUCCUUUCUGCAGGGUUGUGUUGCGACCAUCUUAUUUAUACAGAGGUUGCAUUAUGUAUCUACCAUCCUGCUUUGCAGAAAAGCAUCUCAAUGGAGUUUCUGGAUUCAUCAAGCUUCAGUUCACCGAUGGGAAGCAGUGGCCUGUUCGAUGUCUUUAUAGAGGAGGGAGAGCUAAACUGAGCCAGGGAUGGUACGAGUUCACGUUGGAGAACAAUAUGGGCGAAGGAGAUGUCUGCGUUUUUGAGCUGAUGAAAUCCAGGGAUGUUUUGCUGAAAGUUACUGUGUUCCGAGUCAUGGACACUGCUGGCAACUACCUCCGCAACCACCAUCGAUCUUCUCCUCCUACUCCUUUGGGGCACUAGAAUCUUAAGCUGGGGAUCCGCAUCAUAGAUUAGGAAGGCUGGAAGUGGUGAGGACUUCGUUCCUCUCUCGUUGCUGUUGAUGAUUGUCUAUCAUGAUCUGUUAUGGAAGGCUCUCUGCUGGCACGUUUCCUUCUGCUACUUGCAAUCCUGUUGAUGAUUGUCUAUAAGAAAGAAAGAAAGAAAGAAAGAACCACCAUAUGCAAAUUAGCAGGAAGCUUCUUCACUUGUUAUUUUAGGGGUGCUUUUUCCACAUCGAUUUUUGUGUGGGUUUGAUUAGGGCUGUAAAUAGGUUGUUCAAUCAAGAAGACAUCGAGCUGGACCAGGACCAUCAGAUCUUUGUGUGGCAGCUCUGAUUCAUGUUUAAAUUUUUAUGCUUGAUUCCAUUCUCAUUAGGGUUUAUGGUUGGUUUGUUUGCCAGAUCUUUGUGCUCCGCUUGUUGGGUCUCUACCCUGUUUUGUUCACUGUUUAGACUCUUAGAACACUCUUUUGGGUUGCACUACCGUCAUGCUGGUUUGCAAGUAAUAUGUGGAGUACUAACGACAAAUUUACUAAUGACGUGAUGAAAGGUAGAGAUGUGCCACCUUAACCAACACUUCCCCUAUAGCAUAUGUAUAACCAGGGAAGUGGUACUUUUUUUGUUGAAGUCGAUCAACUCCUCAAAUUAACAAACACACCUGCAUUAUGGUUAAAUUUGAUCCAAGGUGAACCAUUAUUGUUCAUAGAUAAGGUUGUACAAAUGUGGCAAACUGUUGAGUAAUGUUCCCUCUAGAUUUAUAGUUUUGAUUCUUCAAUGUUGUUUACUCUCAAUUCUUUUUGUCCAUUGGAAUUUAUAUAUAUAUAUGGUGGUGUCUUCGGUGCACUCAUUUUUUUGGUGCAUUCAGUGCACUCGCUUCAUAACCAUCAUUUUUAAACAUGUGAUUUAUGUCAAAAUGAUGUCAAUCAUCACUUAUGAUGUGAUGAACAAUAACGCACAUGAAUUUGC